UCUGGCUCUCGCGGUACUGGUGCACGAAGAUGGCGGCCGAACUGGUGGAAGCGAUGAACAUGGUCAAAAGUUUUCGGGUCUCAGACCUGCAGACGCUGCUGGCCUCGAUGGGUCGCAGCAAAAGUGGGCUGAAACAGGAUCUGGUGGGGCGUGCGCUGAGGCUAGUGCAGACCGAUUACAGCCCAGAGCUUCUGAAGAACGUCAGACAGCUCUAUGAGUCACGCUUCCCAAAAACAUCAGGCUGGCUUGCAGCGCGGCGUCCAGAGGGCGUCCCAGUCGCCUACUCAUCCCUCAGCUCCUCUCCCUCUGCCACCUCUCAGGGCGCAGACUACCUCAAUGGCAUUUCCAAACCGAUCGCACCUGCAGCAGAGGUCAAGCUUGUACCACUGCCCUUCUACCAAACUUUGGAGACACUGUUGCCACCUACAGAGCUAAUUGCCCAGAACAAUGAAAAACUGCAGGACAGUCAGUGCAUAUUUGAGUUAACACCGAAUCAAGCAGAUCAGAUCCGAAAUGCGAGUGAGCUUCGUCCAGGAAUCAGAUCAAUCCAGGUGGUUCUUAGAAUCUGUUACACAGACUCCAUUGGUGUUCAGGAGGACCAGUAUCCUCCCAACAUUGCUGUCAAAGUCAACCAGUCCUACUGUCAUGUGCCGGGUUAUUACCCUUCUAAUAAGCCUGGUGUUGAACCUCGCCGUCCUUGUCGCCCUGUCAACAUCACUCCCUGGUUGCAUCUGUCUAACGUCACCAACAGAGUCACCAUCACCUGGGGCAACUUCGGCAAGCGUUACUCUGUGGCCGUGUAUUUGGUGAGGGUUUUCACUGCAGCGGACCUCUUCAGCCAACUCAAACUCUGCUCUGUUGAGAGUGCAGAACGCUGUCGUGAACGCAUCCAAGACAAACUACGUUUUGACCCAGAGAGUGAAAUUGCGACCACAGGCCUCAGAGUUUCUCUCAUCUGUCCACUGGUGAAGAUGCGUCUCGGUGUACCGUGUCGAGUUCUAACUUGUGCUCAUCUUCAGUGUUUCGACGCAGUCUUCUUCCUGCAAAUGAACGAGAAGAAGCCCACAUGGACUUGCCCCGUCUGUGAUAAGCCUGCUCCCUUUGAGCUGCUCACUAUCGAUGGGCUGCUGUCUGAGAUUCUGAAAGAGACGAGUGAAGACACUGAGGAGAUUGAGUAUUUGACCGAUGGUUCAUGGCGACCCAUCAGAGAUGACAAGGAGCGGGACAGGGAAAGAGAGCGCAGCAAAACGCCAGAGUAUCCUGUUGUUGAUAUAUGCAUUCCUGAAGCAAAUGGUCACUCACCGGCCCACAGCAGUACCAGCCUGACGGGCAAAUCCGGAAGCGGAUCAGUGGGAAUGGGCGGAGUCGCAGGAGGACCUGCUGUGGCACAGGGAGGAGGUGCAGUGGUAGAUCUGACUCUUGAUUCCUCCUCUGAGGAGGAAGGGGGCGGGGCAGGAGGAGACAGUGAAGACACUGAGGACAGCGCCGACAGUCCUGCCCCGAAGAGGGGCCGAUACAACUACGACAAGGACCUGGUCACUGCCUACUGACCCUGCAGCUCUGUCCCCUCAUAGACUGACACACACACAGAGACAGAGAGGCAGAGGGGCUAGACACUCGAGGACAGGAACACAAUAAUACACUAGAUGCAACAACCCUCCCUGAUGCCCAAACAUCAGAGCCUUUCAGCAGCUCUGGGUAAUUUACAGACAAUACAGACACAAGCGCAAACAUGCACUGUCAAUGAAUCUUCAAUCUAGAGCGAUUAGGAUUCCUCUUUGUACUGUACACCACUGGAAGAGGCUCUAACUCUUUUUGGCCAACCAUCACCUUACAGUGAAUAUCUGUAUUGUCCUGCCUCUAUUGAAGAUACUGAAAGGAUCGAGCACCACACCAUCACGAUUCCCACCCCUCCUCCUCCUCUUUCUCUCCAGACUUCCCCUCUCUACCACCACAUUUCUCUUUGUAUUUGACUCAGAACUACAGGCUCUUUUAGCCAUGGGCGUUUAAUGUUCGCAUCGCUGACUUUUGUCACGUUUGUGAUGAAUGAGCAAGUAAAGGAAAAAAAUUAAAGGAGGCUCCUCAGUAGUUUUCGGUAAGCCAUCAAAAAUUAUGGAAGAAAACGAGAAUAAUUUGGGGGACAAAAAGGCAGAGAUAUCUGGAGUGAGAUGCAAAUCUAAACUUCUCCCAUUGUGAUGUUGUUUCUUUGUUCAGAGAAUGAAUUCAAAGCUUGAAUUAUUUUUCAGGAACUUAUCAUUUUAAUUAUGAAAAAGCUGAACACAAUACUGGCCUCAAUGUGUGAUGCUUUCCAUUUUUAUUUUGACCUUAGAUAAAGAGAACCUACCUCAGUCAUAUAAAGUCAGCAAACUAACCUGAGACGAGCUUCGGAGAGCCGAGGACGGAAGAAUUGUUAAGUCUUUCUAAGCCAAUUUUUACACUGGAGAUUUUGUUCCUGCAUUUUAUUUUUGUUAGAUUGUUUUAUUUUUUUAAUCCCAUUUUCCAUUCAGCUCUGUCCCUGCUGCAGCGACAUUUGUUUUUGUUGAAGGAUAAGUUAGAUAGGAAUAACAAAGCAGACUAAAGCAGAAAAGUUGUCUAACUGUGCCCCCAUCUGUUAAGAAUUUUGCAGAAAACUUGCUGGAUGAUUUUAUCAUUAGCGUAACUCAUCAGAAACACUGUAUGGCAGAGUGCCAACGCAGAUCUUAAGACUUCACUUAAAUUGUUUUGAGAUUUUGGUGCCUUUUUGUUGCAUGGUGCAAAUUGGAGCGUGUUUUAAGGCUAGCUUCAACGGCCAGCAGACCCCAUUAGACAAAGACACUGUGGUAAAGAAUGGCUUUGUAACAGGAUUCAUAAGUGCUAUCACAUUACUGGUGUCCUUUCAAAGAUUCAUACGUAUUUGAACUUUCUCUUAACAGUUAUUCGUUAUGAAUACAUCUCCAUUUUGUUGACUGUAGUUCUGUUCAGGCAGGAGCUAGUGUUUUUUUUUUCUUAAAGACAGGACACCUCUGCUGCUUUGGUUUGAUUGUUAAGUUAUAAUUGGUCUAGGCUCGUGGCUUGAUGAAGCCUUCUUUUUCUUUCCCGUGAAUGAAUCCAACAUGGGUCAAAGCGGCAUUCGGCGUACUCUGCUACUGUGGGUUCAACACGUCUGACACAAGGAAACUUAAUGAAGUGUCAAUGAGUGCAACCCCACCAAGCUUAAAGUCAUUGAUUGGAUUACAAAUGGUCUUGUCUGGAACAAGUACAGCUGCUCCAACCAACAAUCCCCCUCGGCCUCCUUUCAGUGUAGAUAAGGUCACAUCUAUUUGCUGGAGUAGAAUUGGACGUUAAUUGCUACAUGCUGUUGGCUCACAACUUAUAUUCUUCUGCACUCGCACUAGUGUUGUUGGUAUAUGACAGCUGCUCCUCAGAGAAGGAUGUUCAGGCUGGUAGUGUCUUCUUGAAGGUGUUGCUAGAGCUUUUGCACUUUUCAUCUGAUUCUUCAUCCCCAGUUUAUGGCUUGUUUAUUCUAAAGCCCUGAUUGUUGUAAUCAGCUCUCCUCCACCAUCUCAAGCUUGGAAUAAUGUGAAACCAGAGGAAGAAACGGCCCGAUUCUGUUGACAGUUCUGCAUGUACAUUUCCCUCUCUUAUUGUCCUUUUGUGACGGUUUGAUUUGUGCAGUUUUUUUUUUCUUUUCUUUUUUUUUUUUUUUUAACUCAGAUGCAUAUCACAGGAACAUUUUCACACUGAUCCCUCUUUGGAUAUGGUUAAAUACAGAUUGAGUUAAAUCUGGUCUUCCAUUUUUUUCUCCUCCUUUUGACACUUUGACAUGAGUUACGAAAUCAGUACACUGAUGAAAAAUGGUUGAUAAUUCACACAGAUUGAUAGCACUUUGGCUGUAAUACAUCGGAGCCUGUCCCUAAAAAUGGAUCCUGUGUGAGGUGCUUUGAAGCAGAAAAAUGUAAAGAUCUCAACUUGUAUUUGUAAGCAACUGCUCUAAGUAUAAAAAUGAUACUGCUCAUUUGGUUUAGGUAUAGGAAAUCAUUGUUUGGACAGAUGUUCAAACUUUUCUUUGCCUUAUGGUCAAAGAUGAGAGAGAGAGGCAGUGCAGGUUGCUUCUGUGGAUCUGAGCCAGAUGAGUCUGCAGGGUUGUGAUUUGGAGCUGGAGAGAGCUGAGGGUCUGGUCUUUUUGUAGUGGCAUCUCUUCUUAUAACAAUGCAUAAGGUAGCAUGGGCAGAGGCUUACAAUCCAUGAUGUAAAUGUUUUUGUUUGUUGUGUUUUUUUAUAUGUUCAUAUUAAAAGACAAUAAAAUUUAAAUAAUAUUUUA